GCGAUAAGAGACCUGGAGGCCUAAAUUAGCACAAAGUAGAAGAAGCGAGUUGUGUCUUCCCCGACAAAAUCCUGAAGAGCAUGCCCAUCAUCGUGCGCGGCACAUGAGCGACGCCUCUGGGAUGCCGGUAGUUGGCUGGGACGAGUUCUUGGCAGCUUGCCGAAUUUUGGCCGCUGCAUGUACGCUUGUCGAUCAAAGGAUGAAGCGAGGACAAGCUUCAGAGUCCGGGCGAUGGACUUUUGGCAUGCCCUAUGACGUUUGCGCAUCAGCCUAGCCAGAGUGUCUUCUCAUGGACACUGUCCCUGGGUUCUGGUCCCUGGGUAUAAAUUGGUAUGUUCUUCCACGGCCACAGAAACCCCCUUUGGAAGCUACAUCACUCGGUCAAAGAGCACAUCUCAACCCUCAACUCUCAAGAAUGCAUUUCCAAACAAGCGCAUCCCUCCUUGCCCUCUUGGGCGGCCUGUCGCAUGUGCAGGCGUACUGGCUCGUCGCCUCCGCCAUCACUGGCUUUGGCGGCCCCGUAGGAGGAACGGGCAACCAGUGGCUAGUUGCCGACUCACUGGACUGUGACGUGCUCAACAACGCCGGCCUCGUCAACUCAGCAAGCGACGUCAGCAGCAAUGAUGGCGUCCGCGUCGUAUGGGGCGACGGCGACUGCGCCAACUGGCCUGGCACGGGCUGUCCCACGGUAGCUGAGCAGCACUUCCCCGACUUCCACCGAAGUAAGUGCAUGGCUGUGCUAGCAUGUCGUGACGUGCCCAUCGAGCGGCAGUCGGGGCUAGAGACGCUGCCAACGUCGUGGUUCUUCAAGCCUGCCUCCGAAUUGCGGGGGUUUGGACUUUGGGGACCAUCGCGCCAUAUUCCGUCGUCGUUCUUGGCGAGGUGGCGGAGGAGAGGAGAGAUCUUGCUGUGUCCAAUAUAGGGUAGCUCACUACACCGCUGUCUUAUGAAUAUCCGAUUAGGC